AUGGAGCGCCCUGUCACACCAAGCCCCUCCUGGAACAUUUCUUUCUCCGGCCUCCCCAUAUUUCCAGCCUCACUGCACCCGAAUAUCUCUAACGUGACCCCACCCGUUGCCAACAUCCGAGGUGGGGUGGAUCUGAACCAGUCCUUGGCGCUGUGUGCUAUGAUCAUCAUCGAUGUGUUGGCAGUGGUGGGGAACUUGGCGGUGAUGAUUGUCAUCACUAAAACUCAGCAGCUGCGCAAGUUUGCCUUCGUUUUCCACCUGUGUCUGGUGGACCUGCUGGCAGCGCUGGUGUUGAUGCCUCUGGGGAUGCUGUCAGACCGAAUCCUUGUGGACGAGGCGCUGUGUCGGAGCUACCUCUGCUUGAGUGUGUGUCUUGUGAGCGCUGCCAUCCUCACCAUCUGUGCCAUCAACGUGGAGCGCUACUACUAUAUCGUCCACCCCAUGCGUCAUGAGGUGAAGAUGACAGUUGGGGUGGUGGUGAUGGUACUAGUGGGAAUCUGGAUUAAAGCCAUUGUCAUGUCAGUGCUGCCUCUCCUGGGAUGGCUGCUCCAGGAGAACCAGGGCGUGGGGACUCCUACGGUCCUCAUUCACGGUCAGAGACACUGCUCCCUCCACUGGACGGGAGGCCGAACCACACGGCUGCUUUUCAUUGUCUUCUUUACAUUUAUCUAUUUUCUGUGCCCCGUGCUGAUCAUUCUGGUGGUCUACUGCAACAUGUUCAUGGUGGCACGGGUAGCAGCCAUGCAGCACGGCCUGCUUCCCACUUGGAUGGACACACCACAACAACGGUCCGAGUCCCUCAGCAGCCACUCCACUAUGGCGGCCAGCCUUGGUGGAACUGGUGCCCGCACCACCCCUCAGAGGACCUUUAGUGGUGGGAAGGCUGCGGUGGUCCUCGUGGCAGUGGGAGGACAGUUCCUCUGCUGCUGGCUGCCAUAUUUCUCCUUUCAUCUCUACUCGGCUGUGGUGUCUACCUCUCCCGCCUCUCUGGCCCAGCUGGAGGAUGUGGUCACAUGGAUUGGCUAUUUCUGCUUCACCUCCAAUCCCUUCUUCUAUGGCUGCCUGAACCGGCAGAUUCGUGAGGAGCUGGGCCGACACCUGGCUUGCCUCUUCAAGCGGGCUGGGCCCAGCGAAGGGGAGCAGCUGCCCAGCCGCGAGGCCUCUAUUGAGGAGAACUUUUUGCAGUUCCUUCAGGGCACUGGAUGCAAUCAGGAGCCCUGCAACUCUCAUAGCAGAGCCAGCCCAGAGGAGCCAGAGACUGAGGGCCUUCAGGAAUCAGCUGUUCAGCAGAACACGCCAGCUGACUUCCACAUCCCAGGGCAGAUCCUUGAGGAAACCUCAGAGUUCAUACAGCGGCAACAGCUGAACAAUAAGCUACAUGUAUCAGAGAACUACUACAAAACAUAA